CACACGGCUGUGGUGGUGAGCAGAGGUAUAUAUACAACAACCAUCCUGACAGUCCUGGAUUACAAAUGCACACACACACAGAGAAAGUUGAUCCAUAAGUGACCCAGGACAGACCUUUCUCCUGACUGCAGGACAGAGCAACCCAAACCUGCAGACUGACUGAGCUCCACCAGGUAAUCAAACCUCACACAUUCGACAUUUUUAUCCCUCAGACUAUAUUUUUGUUUAAUUUUUACUCCUUCUCUUCUGUAAAUGUCCCUCCAGGUUAAAUUAACCAACAUGGCAGCCGGUGUGAUGACGAACUUCCUCAUCCGGGCCCCGCCACCAGCCUAUCUCCCUCUGAUUUUCCAAAACUCUCCAUGCAGGGAAGACGAGGAGGAUAUGCAAGAAAAACCAGAACUACAGGACGAGGAAGAAGAAAAAGAGAUAGAUGAAGAGGAGGAGGAGGAGGAGGAGGAGGAGGUGGAAGAAGACGGAUCUGAAGCUCAAGAGGAAGAUCAGGAAGGUUUGGAGGAGGUUUACUUAAGCCCCACCCACUGUACUCUGGAUGUGACCAAGCAGCUCCUGAGGUUUGCAGACCUUAUCAGUCGUGAUGUCCAACGGUAUUUUGGUCGAUGUACCGCUGAUCAAGAGACCUGUGACAUCUACAGUGACUCGAUCUCAGAGACAGCUAGCGGACGUCUGCGAUAUUACGACGACCUGCUUAAAAUCGCAAGAGCAGGAAGUCCUGAGGAGCAGGAGAACAGCUCUGUGACUUGUGGGGGGGACCAGGAGGUUGGCAGUUUGGGGCCUCUAGCUGAGCUGUUUGACCACAGAGGUCAUAGUCAGGGCCGCGGACGCCCAAUGAUCAAGCGUCAUCUCCCGCUAAGUUUCUGGACUGAGCCAAUCCCGUGCUGCUCUCCGGUCUGUUUUAACACCUCUGACAUGUCCCAUACAACCAGUGACAUUUCUUUACAGGACAGUGCACACUCAGAAAACAACACAAACAUUCACUACAAUCUGCUGCAGCACAACACAAACACCCUCGACAGCGCUCAACCGGACUUCAGUGACCUGCUGGCAAACUGGGACCCUAACCCAGAGCUUACACACACACUGACAGAGAGUGCACUUAUGCAGCAGUAGAUACACAAAAUACUUUUUCAAUGAC